ACGACAAAUGGUGUCGAUAAGGUGAAAGGACCAAAACCAGCCGGAGAAAAGCUCGAGGAUUGCAUGCUCGUUGAUCUGGGAUCUUUCAUGAGCAACAUUGAAAAUGUAGAGAAAAAUGAAACCACGGUAAAUUGGCCGAUCAUAGCUUUCGAAGAUGACAUGGAAAAUCUUAUGUACGGCCCUGCACUAUUUGGCAACCCAGUGACGAUAGAUGAAGGAAAACUGCUUCGCGCUGAUGCAUUUAGGCUCCUGUAUGUUUUGAACGAAGACGAUCCAAUAAUCAACGAAGUUUUGCCAAUUUGGAGUGAUGCCAUCGUAUUCAAGCUCCAAUCCCUCGCAUCGAAACGGUUGAAGUACACUGAUAUUAGCUUCAUCACGCAUACGUAUUGGAACCAGGAAGAGUUCCAAACGCUGAUUUCAAUCCUAAAAUACGGCACAUUAGCCGGUAUUGCACUGGUUAUUUUCACAACUUGUGCAACGAUUACUGGCGACUGGGUGACAUCUAAAUUCUGGCUCGGUCUAAUCGCCGUAUUUACAGUCAUCAUGGGGAUCUUGAGCACAUAUGCUGUUUUAGCUCUUGCCGGGGUUGCCUUCACGGUUUACACGCCGGUGGUCGGCAUUUUAACUCUAGGUAUUGGAGUUGACGACGCGUUUGUGUUGCUUAACGCGUGGAUGGUCACUUCAAGGAAACUUUCGGUUCCUGAACGAUUAGCAGAGGUUUACGCUGAAGCUGGGAUUUCCAUUGCGACUACGACAAUCACGAACGUCUUGAGUUUUUCCAUCGCAGCCAUGUUACCCAUCAAGUAUUUCACGGUAUUCGGAUUGAACUCAGCCGUUGGAGUCGGAUUUGCAUAUAUUUAUACUUUGACUUUCUUCGGAGCAUUUUUGGCGUUGAUGGGAAAAUUCGAAGAACAGCAGCGGAAUUCAAUCACUCUCAUGAGGAUGUCCAGGGGCAGAGACAUCAUGGACCCUCAAAGUGAUGAAAAACCGGUUACAGACGACGAGAUACCGACGUACCCCAUUCCCUUCCUGUAUGCGCUCAACAGUAUGGAGUGGUGUAAAAGUUGGGCUCAAAUUUUGAAUCAUCGAUUCGCUAAGUUUUAUCUGGCUGGAAGAGACAACCCGUUGGCCAGUGAUGUUCGUUUCAACGAGGAAGGGAAUAUAAUUGCUUCGAGGUUUAUGCUCCAACCGAAGGCCCUCAAAUCUGUGACUGGCUAUUAUCCCCUGAUGAAGUAUGUGAGAGGUCUCAUUCGAACUCCACCAUACUCAGCUUACAACAUCACUAUUUAUAAUCCCAACAACGUUUUUCUUGCAGAGCUGUACAGCGUGAUGCGGGACCAGGUGGUGCCUGCGGUUUUGAUGACGUGCCUAGUCAUGUGCGUCGUCGGCUUCAUCAUGAUCCCGAAGAAGGACUACGCUCUCUACGUAGGCCUGAGCAUCGCAUCAACAGAACUCGGGAUCGUGGGUUUUCUUCGCAUGCUGGGCUACAACAUAGACCUUAUGAUCUUCAAUACUCUAGUAGUCGCCUUCGGGUUCUCCAUUGACUGUGUAGCCCACAUUUCUUUUGCUUUCUCAAAGGCCCGUUGCGAUAUUAGCUCUCCAACGAAAUGCGACUCUUGCGCCGCAGCCGGGUUAUCUGCCAAAUGCGCCAUGCAACCCGUGGAUCGACUGACGUUGGCACUGAAAAGAGUCAUGAGAGCCUUGUUCACUGGCUCUUUGAGUACUAUCAUUGCUGUGGCACCGUUGUACUUUGUGCCGAGCAACGUCAUUUAUCCGUUUUCCAUCGGACUCGUUAUCACGAUCACGCUGAGUCUUUUGCACGGGUUUGUUUUCCUGCCGACGUUGCUCUUGUUCGUGUCGUCCCGCGGGAUGCCGAAGUUGCUCGUUUUGCCGGAGAUGUUUGGGAAUUAUGGUUCUAGGGCGAAUUACGCUCCGCAGCAAUUCAAGCCUGGCAUGUCUUUAGCUCCGAUUGCCGAGUCGACUGAGAUUUCUGGAGAGAGGAAAACGUCGGUGUCGAUCUUAGCUGAGAAUUUCCCGAUGGGUAAGUUUAAUAAACGCUUGAGCAUUGCGUCGUGUAGCAUUAUUGCCGUGUUGCCGGCGACUUUGAUUCCUGCGUCGCUAGCGUAUGCGUUUGUGGUCGGGAUUCCGACGACAAUGGCGCUGAGUUUUUUGCACGGAUUAUGUUUUCUUCCUACUUUAUGGGCGGCGUUGCCGGAAACUUCGUUAAGAGCCAUGAAGUCCCUCGUUGUUGAUGUUCAAGGUCAGCUAACAUACGGAAUUCCGUAUGGGACAAGAUCAAGGGAAGACAUGGAAGUCAUGGACCAUUUCAGCACUUAUCAUUACGACUGCAUCCCUGAAUUUCUGAACCAAAACCAAAGCCUGGAUCCUGGACGAAUCAUGCCAGAUCGGGUUGCUUCUUUACAUAACAUACUGGGAAUCAUUUUAACGCCGAAACAGGGUAAGACCAUUCUAAAGAGUUCCAUAAUUGAAGAAGCCAUUUUGGUGCAAGAAGAAGUUCUGAGAACUGAAGUGAAGAAGCAUUGGAAGAAGUGGACUUUUGAAGAUCUUUGUAUGCAAGCGUAUUCUCCAUGCAUUGAAAAGGAUUCAGGUGCUGAUGCGAUGCAGCGUUGCAUGUUUACGAAUGUGACUUCUUUGAAAGAAACAAUCGCUGAUUUUGAAAACGGAGAAACAGAAUUGACUUGGCCCAUCUUGUUGGUGGGGAAGGAGUUGAAUGAAGUCAUAUUUGGUCCAGCGAUUUUUGGCCGUCCUUAUCUUAAAAAUGGAUCUCUGGAGGAUGCCACAUCAUUGCGGCUUGUGUUCAUAAUGAAUGACAUGGAUCCUACUGUCGGUGAAGUGUUAUGGGAAUGGAGCGAGAAGCUGGCUGAAAGUCUCAUCCGUCUCCAGAAAGAAAAAUUGAAAGACACUAAAAUCAGUUUCAUAACCAAAGAUUAUUGGAGUCAAGAAGAGUUCGAGUUACUCUUGCUUCUGAUUCGGAUCGAAAUGGUCGCUGCAGUCGUGCUCAUCAUUUUCACCACAUUUUCCUCCAUGACGGAUGAUUGGGUGACGUCUAAAUUUUGGCUGGGUAUCCUCGUGGUUGUGACUGUGGCCAUGAGCAACUUGACAACUUAUGCUCUUUUGGCGAUUUUUGACAUACCCUUCGCAAAUUGUACACCUAUCCAAGGGAUUUUAGCACUUGGGAUCGGAGUUGAUGAUGGAUUUGUGCUGAUGAGUGCAUGGGCUGUUACACCCAAGCAUCUUUCUGUUCCGGAAAGACUAUCCCUCGCAUAUGGUGAAGCGGGGGCAUCAAUUGCACUGACUUCAAUCACUAACAUGAUCGGAUUUGCUGUUGUAUCAUGCAUGCCAGUCGGCUUCAUCAACAUUUACGGACUAAAUGCUGCUGUUUCGGUUGCAUUUGCGUACAUUUUUACGAUGACAUUCUUCGGAGGUUGCCUCGCGUUAAUGGGACGAGCAGAGGAACAAAAGCGUCACUGCAUCACGUUUCGGAAAAUGCCUGAUCGAGCUCAAGACGACGAUGAGACGAAGUAUCCGAUUCCAGGAUUGAGUCUUGUGUUGGGAUUCGAUUAUUGCAAACAUUGGGCGUUUCUGCUCAGCCACAAGACCGCAAAGAUGAUUAUGAACAAGCCGAUUGAUUAUUCUGACCCGGAAAUUCAAAAAGACCUCCUCGGAAUCGUGGAGUUUUUAGAGAACGACGGGAAGUUCCGAUCGGCGACUUACACGGAUUGUUGGCUAAGAAGUUUUCUCGCUUAUGUGGAAAACAAUGCGCAUUUGGAUUUGAAUAUCACCGGGGAGAAGAAUUUCAACUACAACUUGAAAAAGUAUUUUCUCGCUGGGAGAGAAAACCUUCUGGCUGGAGACGUUAGAUUCGACGAAAACGGGAGAAUCAUGACCUCACGAUUCAUGUUGCAACCCGAGCCUUUGGAUACUGUCAUGGAUUUCCAAGGCUUAAUGGACUACGCCUACAAAAUUGUUGGGAAGAAAGCAUACGCCAAAUACAAAAUCACCAUGUACAACCCCAACAAUCCCUUUUACGCGGAGCUCUUUCGGAUGAUAACUACUCAUGUAGUUCCUGCCAUGUUGAUCACCUGUGCGAUCAUGGCAACCAUGGGCUUCAUCUUCAUCCCGGACAAAAUCUACGCUUUCUUCGUAACCAUGAGCAUGAUUUCCACUUCACUCGGAGUCAUCGCAGUCUUGUACCUCUGGGACUUUGGAAUCGAUUUGAAAGCAUUUUGCAUUCUCAACCUCGCGUUUGCCUUCUCUGUCGACUCGGUGUCGCACCUGUCGUUCGCAUUCUCGGAAAGCCACGGAGACACACCGACUUUGAGACUCGAGAUGACCUUCAGAAGAGUAAUGAGAGCCCUGUUCACGAGUUCCUUCAGCACCAUCAUUUCCGUGGUUCCAGCCAUUUUGAUUCCGGCGUCGCUAGCGUAUUCGUUUGUGGUCGGGAUUCCUAUGACCAUGGUGCUGAGUUUUUUGCACGGCUUGUUGUUUCUUCCUACUUUAUUGGCGGCGUUGCCGGGAACUUCGUUAAGUGAUUGUAGGGGUAAAAAGAAAAGGAAGAUGACCGAAAAAGACACGGAAGUUGUGGAAGAAGUGGAUGUGUUCAUUCGACCUGUUGUGGGAGGAACCCUCAAGUUGUCAGACUUGUGA